ACCACCAGAUGACUGUCAGUGCGCAUUUCCAAUUGGCAGGAGGGAGAGUAAACCGAGGAGACCGAUCGGGGAAGAGUGUGUAUGAGAGAGAGAGAGAAGCGGGAGUGAGUGUGUUAUAGAGGGAACAGAGUGAGAGACUCCAGCGGAGGGGCGAGAGGUAACUUCACCGAGGUUAUCACUGCGCACUGUCGAGGAGGAGUGAUCGCUUUUUUUCGCGCAGCAUGCUGAAGCAGGUUACAAAGUGGACUCUGGAUGAACCUUCUGAUUGAAACGCCCGAUUCUCUAAUGGACUGCUGGAGAGCACAGUGAGGCGAGAGCUGUGCCACAGUGGCAAGGAACGGAGACUGGGAAAGAAGCUGAUGCAGAGGGGAAAGUUACCAACUGUGGAGAUGUAUUGCUAACUGCGAGUUUACUGACUGCUCGGACCAUUCUGAGUCGUUUCUUUAAACUGGAUGCUAUUGUAGACGAAUCUCCGGUGAUCCCGAGACCGGUGCCGCGGUGGACCAUAACCAGCUCAGUCGCAUAGACGGAGCGAGACUCUUUCCAUAGAAUACAAUCAGCGGCAAGAGCAACUAAAAUGUCUUCGUUAUACCUCAUCUUUUGCGUGAUGGUCACAGCAGCCACCCAAGCAGCCUACUUCUCCCAGCAGCCCCAGGACCAGGUGGUUGUAUCCGGUCAGUCGGUGACCUUGCCUUGUGUCAUCGUGGGUUACCGUGGAAUGGUACAGUGGACCAAAGAUGGCCUGGCACUGGGAGGAGAGAGAGAUCUACCAGGCUGGACACGCUAUUCCUUAAUGGGCGACCCGCUAUCAGGCGAGCACAGCUUGCAGAUCGAUUCAGCAGAGUUGGCGGAUGACGCGGUGUAUGAGUGUCAGGCUACACAGGCAGCGCUUCGCUCCCACCGUGCCAAGCUCACUGUACUAGUUCCUCCCUCUGACCCUGUGGUGGAAGGCGGCCCCGUUGUACGUCUCAAGGCCCACACACCGCACAACCUCACCUGCAGAGCCUCGGGAGCCAAACCUGCUGCUGAAAUCACCUGGUACAGAGAUGGAGAAGUCAUGGAAACUGCAAUUUAUUCCAAGUCCCUAAUGGAGGAUAGGAAGAGGGAAACAGCUGUCAGUAUGCUUCCAAUCAUUCCAGAGGACAGUGACUCCGGACGCACCUACACCUGCAGGGUUGUUAACCCAGCUGCCCCUGCUGGACGACAGACAUCAGUCACUAUCAAUGUCCAGCACCCCCCUUCAGUGACUCUGUCAGUCCAGCCUCAGACUGUAACAGAGGGAGCCAAGGUUCUCUUCAUCUGCUCUGCCUCAGCCAAUCCUGAAAUCACUGGAUACAGGUGGUCGAAAGGAGGAGUCCCCAUCUCCGAAGCAAAUGGGGAUAGCCUUGAGGUGACAGUGGACUACUCCUACUUCACAGACCCCGUCUCCUGUGAGGUGUCCAACUCUGUGGGCAGCACCAAUGUCAGCACUCUGGUUGAUGUCCAGUUUGGCCCCAGACUGCUGUCGGAGCCGAAGCCCAUGACAGUGGAUACAGGCAUGGAUGCAGCCUUCACUUGUGCGUGGACUGGAAACCCUCCUCUGACCCUGGCUUGGACCAAGCAAGGCUCCAGUGUGGUGCUCAGUAAUGGUAACACCUUGCAGCUGAAGGCUGUUACUCAGGAGGAUGCUGGCACAUACACCUGCAAGGCCAUUGUACCCCGUAUUGGAGUUGCAGAAAGAGAUGUCACUCUAACUGUAAAUGGUCCACCUAUCAUCACAGCAGAGGCCACACAGCACGCUGUCAAACACUCCAAGGGCAAGCUGGAGUGCCGGGUGGGAAGCAGCCCCCCACCUGAUAAGAUUGUGUGGACCUUUGGGGACAUGAGCCUGUCCUCCGGCUCCUCCGGUCGUUACUCAGUGCAGACAGUAACCAGUGACCACGGAGUCGUGUCGUCUCUGGUGCUAUCUGAGACUCUUUCACAAGAUUUCCAGCUGCGCUACAACUGCACUGCUUGGAACCGCUUCGGCACAGGCACUGCCCUGGUCACGCUGAAGGAGCAAGAAGCACUGCCGAUGUUGAUAAUUGUAGGUGGGGCAGUAGGUGGCGGCUGUGUCCUGCUCAUCUGUGUCAUCACUCUGGUCUCCCUCUGCUGCAGGCACACAGGCAAAGGUGAGCUCAACGGCAAAAGAUGCACUCGUCUUUCCAAGAGUGACAUCAGAGUUCAGAUUGUUCACAGCGAUCACAAUGCUACACGCGGCAACGACGACGAGGAAGAUGUCAAAGAACCCAUGGCUCCAAACAGCAGCGAGUCUCCCGGGACAUCGCGCACAGAACACAGCGACCUCCUGGAAGAGGAGGAGGACGAAAGAUCGGACAUCAAGGAUCCUACCAAUGGUUACUACAAUGUUCGUGGCCACGACGACCGUCAUAUUCGCGGCAGCGGAUUUUCUGAAUACGUGCCCAAUUCUCGGCCGGUCUACACUCCAUCGCAGCUGCCCUCCCCCAGCCCCGUGUACGGUCAGCACGGCACCCAACCCCGUGCCUAUGACUUCUCCCACCGAUACGCAACCACCACAGUGAGCAGAACCUCAUACGAACAGCAGCAAGCUGCCCAGCAGCAGCCUGCCCAGCAGGGGGGAGUUUAUCCCACUGACCCCCUCUACAGUGGCACUGCUUACCUACCUGCUACUUAUGGCCACGCCUUCACCAGUUAUGUUAAGCCUGCUUCCUAUGAGAAGGUGGAUGCGUACGACCAAUCAGAUCAGGCCAGCAAGGUCUCGAGCUCAUCUCGCUUCUCUUACGCCUCAUCACAAGUGUCCUCCCAGCAGUCCGACUAUGGCCGGCCCUCGCAACGUAUGCAGACUCAUGUCUGAUAGGGCCAAAAAAAAAAAAAA